ACUAGAUAACGUGACACAGCAUUCAUUGUAAAGGUAGCUUAUUAAUAGUCAUCUCAUUCGUUGUCAUAUUCAAUGGUAUAUUCAGGUCAGCAAGAUAACGCAGUUCACCGCCGCGUGGCACUGUACGGCGGGAGAUUGAAACCCAAAAUUGAUAAACGGGACGAUUGAUUUGGUUUGCCGUUGGAUUCCUGGCUGGAUUCGGACCGUCAGUUGCCUGCAAGAUGUCCGGUGUUCCGGCAAAUGUGGCCGCUGCGCGGUAUGACAACUACCGGCUGUACCGCGUGGUACUGGCGACCGACGAACACGUGCAGGUGUUCCAGCAGCUGGAGGCCAAAAGUGACAGCUGUACGUUUUACGGUCACGCCCGCCAGCCCGGUCAACAGCUGACGAUCAUGGUAUCGGCGAGUAAAGUCGCUGAUUUCGAGGACCUGCUCACGCUCUACUCGGUCGAGGGUCGCGUCCUGGAGUACAAUCUGCAACAACUGAUCGACAAAGAGGCGACUACGGUGAAACCGGUAACGACACCACCCGCAGAACUAGACUGGGAGCACUAUCACCAUCUGGAAACGAUCUACCGGUGGAUGGAGUGGCUUGCCGAGCAGCAUUCGUUCGUGACACUGGUAGAGCUGGGAAACAGCCAUGAAGGACGUCCCAUUAGAGGCGUGAAAUUGUCUCGCCGUCCUGAUAAUAAAGCGAUCUUUGUCGAAGGAGGCAUACACGCGCGCGAGUGGAUCUCACCCGCAACGGCCACAUUCAUCCUGAACGAGCUGAUCACCUCCACUGACCCCACGAUCGUACAGCUCGCCACCGAGUACGAUUGGUUCGUGUUCCCAAUCGUCAACCCGGAUGGCUACCGGUUCACCUUUACCGGGGACCGGCUCUGGCGCAAGAACCGUAAACCGUACGGGUUGUGCCGCGGCGUCGACUUAAACCGCAACUUUGACAGUAACUGGGGCGGCACCGGUUCUAGCGACGAUCCGUGUAGCUAUGAUUUUGCGGGCAGUUCCGCCUUUUCCGAACCGGAAUCGACCGCCUUGGCUGCGUUCAUCCGCCGGUACAAGGGUGAAGCUCGCAUCCGCACCUACAUCGCGCUCCAUUCGUACUCCCAGCUGCUAAUGUUCCCGUACGGCCACACGGAUGAGCGUGUGCCCAAUUACGACCAUCUCCGUACGAUCACCGAUCGAGCGAUCGCGGCGCUAACGGCUGUCAACGGGACGGCCUUCCAGGGUGGCAGCAAGUACGAAACCAUCUACCCAUCGAGCGGGGGUUCGAUCGAUUGGGCGUACCAACCCGGUGGCAUUCCGGUGUCGCUGACGUUCGAGCUGCGUGGACCUCCGGAUUCGACCGAUAUGUUCAUUCUACCGGCGGAACAGAUCAUACCCGUGGGUCGGGAAACGCUCGCUGCGUUCGUCGCGAUCGUGCACGAGUCUGCUCGCUUCGGUUACUAUGAUUAGGGUAAAAAUACGGCAGGGAAAUAAAAAUA